CGAGCGCCCGCCAUCAUUGUCCGUAGCGACCGCGCGGUGACCACAACCAGUUUUUAUUUGUUAAACAUAUCUUAGUGAACAAGUGUUACGAUGUUAGUGUUUCCGGCUUGGAGGUCGGAUUUACCCCGGGAUGGGUGCAGGGUGCCCAGGUGGAUGCCUGCUGAGAGAUUCGCGCCUUAUUUUGCGAGGCCUGUAGCUUUACCCCCUCAUCCACCACAGUUGAAAGAUGAGGAUUCGUCGGGAGGGUCGUCCCCCGAGAGGAAUUCGAGCGAGGUAGAUAACGCGGAGGGUGUCUGCCAGUGGCGCGGCUGCGGAGCCCACUUCCCCAGCGUGGCGCGUUUGUCCGCGCACGUCGCCCGCGCACAUGCGCUCGCGCACAGAGAUGGACUCUUCUAUUGCGGGUGGAAGGGGUGCACCAGACCACAAAGAGGAUUCAAUGCACGAUACAAAAUGCUGGUGCAUGUACGAACACACACCAAUGAACGUCCACACACCUGCAAUCAAUGCAACAAGAGCUUCUCCAGAGCUGAAAACCUGAAAAUCCAUUUGAGAUCACACUCUGGAGAGAAACCCUACGUAUGUCCUUAUGAGGGCUGUGGUAAAGCGUAUUCAAAUUCAAGUGACCGGUUCAAGCACACAAGAACCCACGCAGUUGAGAAGCCGUACUGUUGCAAGGUCCCCGGCUGCAACAAGCGCUACACAGAUCCGUCCAGUUUGAGGAAGCACGUCAAAACCUACAAACAUUACACCACAGAGCAGAUCGCAAGGCGGGAGUCAUCAGACGAAGUGUACAGCCCUGACGCAUUCUCACCUCCGAAGGAAAAUAGUUCUUCGUACACGGUUAUAGAGCCCACAUCACCUCUACACGCAAGCAGAGCGUACAACCCGCCUAUUAGCUCUCUGUCACCGACGUACGCGCCGAUGCUCUCUGAAACCUCCGUCCCUACAACAAUGUCCUACGCACCCAUGGUUGAUCAAGUGACGUAUCUGAGGCCACUUGAACCCAUGUACCCAGUGAGGAUCCCAACAAACGAAAUGUCUUAUAUGGAGUAUACGCAAAUGUAUGAGCAUGCGUACAGAAACUAUUAUUCAAGUACGCUCAGCUACCCAACAUUGCGACCAAGUAUUAGUGAAAAGGUGUUCACGUACGAGGAACAACCUCGGCUGGAAGAAGUUUCACCCAAACGAGUGGAGAGCACACCUGUGUACAGUUCAAUGGACGAAGAGAUGCCGCUCAACCUCAUUUGCUCAAAGCGACUAGAAUGCAAACCUAUUGAACAGCUAGUCAGACGCACAGACUUACCUUUAGAUUUAAGUACUAAAAGUUAAUAUUUUUAUUAAUAAACUAUACAUUAACACUU